AUGGGCUGGUCAAUUCACCAUCCGGUCGGGCUGAUCCACCACACUCCGGCGGCGUGCUACCGGGGCUAUACCCUUUUCUCGACGACCCGCGGCGGCCAGGACGCCUACCUCAUCGAUAUGGAAGGCAACGUCGUUCACCGUUGGCAUUCCCCUGAGGGCAUCCACUACUCCUACCUGUUGGACAACGGCAACCUGCUCUGCCGCACCCUUCCCCCGGAAGAUGCUGGCGGUGUCGAGACGGUUGGCGGCUCAUCGGCCAGCAUCAUCGAACUCGACUGGGACAGCAACCUAGUCUGGUCCUACCGGGAUAACACGCUCCACCAUGAUUACGAGCGGUUGCCCAACGGCAACACUUUACUCCUUAUGUGGGAUCCGAUACCCGGGGACCUGGUAGCCCAGGUGCAGGGCGGCUUCGAUGUGGAUUUCGCCCCUGGCAUGCUGGGAGACGUCGUUCGCGAGGUCACACCGGAUGGCGCUACCGUCUGGGAAUGGCGGUCGUGGGAGCAUCUUGACCUGACAGAGGAUGUAAUCUGCCCGCUCGAGGCGCGCCGUGAAUGGACCCACGGCAACAGCCUGAACGUGACCCCCGACGGCGACCUGCUGGUCAGCUACCGCCUCACCAGCACCGUGGGCAUCGUCGAUCGGACCACCGGAGCCUUCAAGUGGAAGUGGGGCCCUGGGGAGAUCUACCACCAGCACCAUCCCACCUGGCUGGACAACGGGCGCGUGCUGAUCUUCGACAAUGGCGGCCACCGCCGCGGCGCCAGCUACUCGCGCAUCGUCGAGGUUGACCCUGCGACCAACGAGAUCCACUGGCAGUACCAGGGCGCUCCGGCCAUCUCCUUCUACAGCUAUAACAUCAGCAGCGCCGAGCGGCAGCCCAACGGCAACACCUUGAUCUGCGAGGGCGCACCGGGUCGAAUGUUCGAGGUCACCCCCCGUGGCGAGGUCGUCUGGGAGUACAUCAACCCCUUCUUCCUCUACAGCGACGCUGCUGGCGGCGCCGGCGGCACGGAAUAUACCAACGCCACCUUCCGCUGCCACCGCUACAGCCCCGACCAUCCCGCUCUCGCCGGCAAAGACCUGGACCCACGAAAGCACUCAGCCCUGAACCGUAUCCUAUAA